GGCUCGAUUCGCUCAGGAUGUCGUGGCGCCCAAGGUGUACGAAAUGGAUGAGAAGGAAAAGAUGGAUCCAGCCAUCAUCAAGGGUUUGUUUGAUCUCGGUCUCAUGGGCAUUGAGACAUCAGUGGAUCAUGGUGGUGCAGGUGCUUCCUUCACCUCUGCCAUUGUCGCUAUUGAAGAACUUGCUAAAGUCGACCCAAGCGUGUCUGUCAUGUGCGAUGUUCACAACACACUCGUCAACACGGUCCUGCGUAAGCAUGCGACCAAGGAACUUCAAGACAAAUAUCUCCCUCAACUCUCGUCAGAGAAGAUUGGGUCAUUUGCAUUGAGUGAGCCAGUUUCGGGAUCCGAUGCCUUUGCGCUCAAGACAACAGCCAAGAAGAAUGCAGAUGGCGACUACAUCAUCAACGGUGGCAAGAUGUGGAUCACCAACGGCGGUGAAGCAGAAAUCUUCCUCAUUUUCGCAACAAUGGACCCAUCCAAGGGUUACAAGGGCAUCACUUGCUUCCUUGCCGAGAAGGAGUGGGGUGUUCAAGUUGCCAAGAAGGAGAUCAAGCUCGGUAUUCGCGCUUCCUCCACCGCAGCCAUCAACUUUGAUGACUUGAAAAUCCCAAAGGAGAACUUGGUCGGAAAGGAAGGCGAAGGCUACAAGAUCGCCAUUGGCAUCCUCAACGAAGGCCGUAUCGGUAUCGCUGCACAAAUGACAGGUCUCGCGAUGGGAUCUAUGGAUAAAGCACUCAAAUACUGUUUCUCUGACCGUAAACAGUUUGGUCAGUACAUUGGUGACUUUCAAGGGAUGCAACACCAAUUUGCCGAAUCAGCCGUUGAGCUGGAAGCUGCACGUUUGUUGACGUACAAUGCAUCGCGUCUCAAGGAGGCGGAAAUGCCAUUCGUUAAGGAAGCAGCCAUGGCUAAGCUUUAUGCAUCGCAAGUCGCACAGCGCGUCAGUGGCAAGUCGAUUGAAUGGAUGGGUGGAGUUGGCUUCACCCGUGAACUUGGUAUUGAAAAGUACUGGCGUGAUAGUAUGAUUGGCAGUAUCUACGAAGGUACUAGCAAUAUUCAAAAGACCACUAUUGCCAAGUUCCUCGCGGCAGAGUAUCGUAAGUAGAGUAAACAUAGCCAUAGCAUUGCAAAUAGGAUAAAAAAGGUUAUCAUUUGGAGAC